UAUUUCUAAUGGGAUAUUUAAGGCAAUAAUCUCACCCCUCAACCUGCAUCCUGCUCUUCCAGCGGUUGUGGUCAGUGAGAAUGUGCAGCUUUGUAUUGCAGAAGAAGCUAAUAAGCUACCGUGGUCUCUUGUUUCAGUGCCUCCAGAGGGUCCACUUUCAGAAGCUGACUCUGCAGGCCAGACUGACGUUAUUUUCCCGGUGGCUCUCUUCGAAACGACCCAAAGAAACUGGUGAGCUAAAGAAUGCUGGGCCUGGAGGAGAUGGAGGCAGGAGAGGAGGCGCGCGCAGUGGCUUUGCCUGGUGGAGGCGGAUGCAGAAGGGGGACUUCCCCUGGGAUGACAAGGAUUUCCGCGGUCUGGCCUUUUUGGCGGCAGGUGUGGCCAUGGGAUUUUUCUACCUCUGUUUUCGAGAUCCUGGAAGAGAAAUCACUUGGAAGCAUUUUGUACAGUGUUACCUGGCCAGAGGUCUGGUGGACCGGCUGGAAGUCGUGAACAAACAAUUUGUGCGUGUUAUUCCUGUCCCUGGGACCUCGUCUGAGAAGUACGUGUGGUUUAACAUUGGCAGUGUUGACACCUUUGAGCGGAACCUGGAGUCUGCCCAGUGGGAGCUGGGGAUCGAGCCCCACAACCAGGCAGUGGUGGUGUACACCACUGAGAGCGAUGGGUCUUUCUUGCGAAGCCUGCUGCCCACCCUUCUCCUGGUUGGAAUUCUCCUCUGUGCUGCCAGGAGGAGCCCGAUGGGAGCUGGGCCCAGUGGACGAGGACGGGGCCUCUUCAGUGUUGGUGAGACAACAGCCACGGUCUUAAAGAGCAACAUCGAUGUGCGGUUCGCAGACGUAGCUGGUUGCGAAGAAGCCAAACUGGAAAUUAUGGAAUUUGUGAAUUUCCUGAAGAAUCCCAAGCAGUAUCAGGACUUAGGAGCAAAAAUUCCAAAGGGAGCCAUGCUCACUGGUCCUCCUGGUACAGGCAAGACACUUCUUGCCAAAGCAACUGCAGGGGAGGCCAGUGUGCCCUUCAUCACUGUGAAUGGGUCGGAGUUCCUGGAAAUGUUUGUCGGUGUUGGGCCAGCUCGGGUGCGUGAUAUGUUCGCAAUGGCCCGAAGAAAUGCUCCAUGUAUCUUAUUCAUUGAUGAGAUUGAUGCGAUUGGCAGGAAGCGAGGCCGAGGGCACUUUGGAGGCCAGAGUGAGCCGGAGAACACCCUGAACCAGAUGCUGGUGGAGAUGGACGGGUUCAAUUCAGCCACCAAUGUUGUGGUGCUGGCCGGCACCAACCGCCCUGACAUCCUGGACCCGGCCCUGAUGCGGCCUGGCCGGUUUGACUGCCAGAUUUACAUUGGCCCACCUGACAUCAAAGGCAGGUCCUCCAUCUUUAAGGUUCACCUACGCCCACUGAAGCUGCACGAGAGCCUCAGGAAGGACGCCCUGGCGAGGAAGCUGGCAGUGCUCACCCCAGGCUUCACUGGUGCUGAUAUUUCCAAUGUUUGCAAUGAAGCAGCUCUGAUUGCUGCCCGGCAUCUGAGUCCUUCUGUUCAGGAGAAGCACUUUGAGCAGGCCAUUGAGAGGGUCAUUGGAGGCCUUGAGAAGAAGACCCAGGUCCUGCAGCCCAGGGAGAAGACAACUGUGGCCUACCAUGAGGCCGGACACGCGGUGGUGGGCUGGUUCCUGGAGCAUGCGGACCCUCUCCUGCAGGUGUCCAUCAUCCCCCGGGGCAAGGGGCUGGGCUAUGCGCAGUACCUGCCGAGGGAGCAGCACCUCUAUACCCAGGAGCAGCUCUUCGAUCGCAUGUGCAUGAUGCUUGGGGGCAGGGUGGCUGAGCAGCUAUGCUUCGGGCAGGUCACUACGGGGGCUCAGGAUGACCUGAGGAAGGUCACCCAGAGCGCCUAUGCCCAGAUUGUGCAGUUUGGGAUGAGUGAGAAGCUGGGCCAGGUGUCCUUCGACUUUCCCCAACAAGGCAAGGCCCUGGUGGAGAAGCCAUACAGCGAGGCAACUGCCCAGCUCAUCGAUGAGGAGGUCCGGUGCCUCAUCUGCGCCGCCUACAAGCGCACCCUGGACCUGCUGACACAGUGUUGGGAGCAUGUGGAGAAGGUGGGCCAGCGGCUCCUGGAGAAGGAAGUGCUGGAGAAGGCAGACAUGGUGGAGCUGUUGGGUCCCCGGCCCUUCGCGGAGAAGUCCACCUACGAGGAGUUUGUGGAGGGCAUGGGUGGCCUGGAGGAGGACACGUCCCUACCCGCAGGGCUGGAGGGCUGCAACCGGGGACAGGAGGAGGGAGACGUAGAGCAGCCUGUACAGGGGAGGUCUUUGUAGCCACUGGUGGAGCUCAGGUGACUCAGAUUUCCUGGGACCUUUGCAGAGCAGCUGGAGAAGCUCGCCAAAAACAAAUUAAAACGUGACAGCUGCUAACUGGUGUUUUAGAUGAGGGUGCUCUGAGCCCGCAUGCAGGGCAUGGGGUGGGCGGAAGGGCUGCCCUGAGUCCCUGGGCCCUGCUGCUAGAGGACAGUUGGGUCCGGGUUAGAGGGAGGGGAGCAGGGCUCUCCCGUGGUGCUGAGGACGGGGUGGUGCCUGUCUGGGAACCCUGUGCGCAGCUUCAGGAGGGGCUUGAUGGGGCAUCUGGAGACACUGGACCUUCCUGGGGCCUGCCUCUGUGGAGGAGUGUUGAUGUGGUCGUAAAGUCACUCAGAGGAGUCUGGGCCCAGCACGGAAACCGUCUCAGUUUGGUAGAAUUCAGAACACCAGCCAGUUGUCAGUGGAAAGUCAGGUUUCUUAAGCAGCUGUUUGGAUGGGUAGAAACUCAUCUGCUGAUCUGUCCUUCAGAGGGAAAGCCCACUCCACCCACAGGUGCGUGGCUGAGGGGGGAUGGCAGAACUGUGGGGCUCCAUACCUAAGGUUCCAUGCCCGGGCAACCCCCACCUCUGCCUGCACCUAGGCCCCAUGGCAGCCCUGCUCUGAGUGUGAGGGACGUGAGUUGCCUGGCAAAACCUGGAACGCCUGGGGUUCCACUCUGGGGCACCCCUGGCCUCUACCUGCUGCCGGGCCCGAGGCAGCCCUGCUCUGAGUGCGAGGGACGUGAGUUGCCUAGCAAAACCUGGAACGCCUGGGGUUCCACCCCUGGCCUCUACCUGCUGCCGGGCCCGAGGCAGCCCUGCUCUGAGUGCGAGGGACCUGAUUUGCUAAGCAAACCUGGCACCUAUCCUUGGGGUGGAGGUGCUUUAACCACAGAUGUGUCUGAACUUAAGACUGCAUCAUCAACUUCUGCUAAGUCUUGGAGGGGAAGCUCUGCAGGGCCCUGGCUGGCUCAGGGGUGUUUGUGGAGAGGCUGUGGUCCUGAGCCCUCAGCAUGUGGCUGCCUCUGGCCCUGGUGCCUGUUUAUGAACCCUUUUCCCGGGGCUGAGUGGCUCCUAAUAAAAGGAAGGCCCCGUCUGGGCUUUGAGCUCCAGGCCCUUUGGUGCCUCAGGAGGCACCAAACUUUAA